AUGAGCAAAGAAACGUCACCAAAAGGUAACGAUCUAAAGGAUUCGAUAACGAAUGGCAAAAAUGAAGUUCUCCUGAAAUACAUCAAUUCAUCACAUCUCUCCGUUUACAAUUGCAUCGAGCUAUUGUGCAAGCAUGCUGACAAUAUCGGAAUUCAUUACUAUUUAUGUCAGAAGCUACUGACAUUCCCUCACGCUGAGCUACAAUUCUACAUUCCUCAAUUAGUUCAAGUGCUAUUGACUGUGGAGACGGAGUCAAUGGCUUUGGAAGAACUGAUAUUGGAGCUGAAGAAUGAGAAUCCACAUUUUGCACUUUUAACAUUUUGGCAAUUGCAGGCUUUACUAGUAGAUCUAUCUACGGACCCGGAAUCUUACGGUUUCCAGGUCGCUAGAAGGGUACUGAAUAAUCUUCAGUCAACUCUGUUUAACACUGGAAAACCCAGUGACGAAAUGAAGGAUGUUAAAAUGCAUGAAAACGUAGCACCUGGGCUGGUCCUGUGCUCGAUGGUGAUAUCUUCAAUUGGGCUGCCACAACUUGGCCAAAUGGCAAAGCCGCUCGUACAGUCCCAGGGUCGUCGACAGAAGGCUUUUGUUUUCAAGUUGGCCAAAAAUGCGAUAAGGGACUUGAGGAAAAACAUCACAUUGAAGAACACUCUUUUAAAUACACGGAGAAUGUCAAAGAAUUCGAAAAAUAGUGAUGCGCCUGUAUCUCCGGUCGAUAUCGUGGAUCCAGUGAAAACGAAGGAAGAUGCGUUGUUCCGAAAACCAAGGAAAGCAGAAACCAAUCUGGACUUCGACAUUGUCGAUGAUGUAGGUGAACAGUUGUUCCAAGAUAGAAUAUCAAAUUCUAUUAAGAUGCCAAAAAGGCGUACUAAGUUUCUGGAUGACUCUUACGUGCACAGAACUUAUGAUGCAAAUUCGCUGUCUUCCUCUCCCACAAAAAGUAUGAACUCGAUGGGUUUAGGGCCUUCAAUCUCGAGCACUAAUUUGGAGGAUGGUAUCGGACUGCCUGACAAGUUUACAAGCUCAAUGCCAGAUUUGCACUUUAAUCAACCAGAUAAAUCACGCACAUCACUUUCGUCGGUAGAUAGUGCAUCCAAUUUUGCUCCAUCGUCUUCGCAGCUAGUGCCGCCAAAUCAGGACUAUCGAAACUUUGCCGAAAUUGGAUUGGAGCCAAAGGGUCAGGAAAUUGAUCCUUCGCAGCUGAGUACGACCGCUAAGAUAAAAAUGCUGAAGGCAAACUAUUUUCGCUGUGAGACUCAAUUUGCUGUCGCGUUAGAAACCAUCUCACGAAGACUCACUCAGGUUCCAACGGAGGCGCGUUUCAGUGCACUGCGAGCAGAACUUUCUUUACUUAACAGGGACCUGCCUGCGGAGGUGGAUAUUCCAACACUACUACCGCCGAAUAAAAAGGGGAAGCUGCAUAAGUUGGUUCUUAUAACAGCUAACGAAGCUCAGGUGUUAAAUUCUGCAGAGAAGGUGCCAUAUCUAUUGUUGAUUGAGUAUUUACGUGAUGAGUUUGAUUUCGAUCCAUCAAGUGAGGAAAACGAGGAGAUUUUGAGACGAAAACCGAACGCUGGCAGUCUAAUGUUUGACCUAAACGACAUAAGUCGGCCUAAUAAUAGACAAGGCGAUAGCCACCAAUCUUGGAAUGCAGAAUUACAGAUGGCAAGUGAACUAAUUCAAGGUACGGAAAGAGUUGUCUCGGGGGUAUCCCUUGCUGGAUCAACGCGAUCAACCCAUUCUGAUCGUUCUACUGUUGUUGGAAAGGAAAUGGACUUAGGGGACUUGUCAAUGAUCAGAGUUAAAAAUCAGACGGAUGCCGAAGCCUAUCGGGAGACGCUUGUUUUACAGAAUGCAACAAAGGUACCUAUAAUUCCAACCGAUUCGGACCAUCGUGCUCCAGAGCUGAGCUUCGUAUCCAAUCUGGAAGAUGCAGUCAUAGCGGGAAAAUCUGGCACCCGUAACUUUCGCGAUAGAACUGUGGAAUUAGCUGAUGAAAUGCGUAUAUCGGCACUGAUGCUAGCUCAGUUGGAUAAAUCACCACAGGGACAGUCUGAGACGUCAAAUCAAAUACGUGCCAAAAUCAUUGCCUCUAUGAAAGAGGUGCAAGACAAGUUUGGCUAUCGCGAUUUAGAAGCUAUCCACGGCUCAGCGGGUGAGCGCAAACUUGAGAACGAUUUAAAAACUGGUGGUAUUGAUACUUCUUAUUUGGGAGAAGACUGGGCAAGCAAAAAGGAGAGAAUACGUAAGACUUCCGAAUAUGGUCACUUGGAGAACUGGGACCUAUGUUCAGUUAUAGCAAAAUCGGGAGACGAUUUGAGACAGGAAGCGUUUGCCUGUCAAUUGAUUCAAGCCAUGGCUCAGAUAUGGAUAAAGGAGAAGGUGGAUGUGUGGAUAAAGAAGAUGAAAAUUUUGAUAACAAGUGCAAAUACCGGACUUGUGGAGACCAUUACGAAUGCUAUCUCUGUUCAUAGUAUUAAGAAAUCUCUAACAAAGAAAAUGAUCGAGGAUGGAGACCUAGAUGAAAAGGGAGGAAUCGCAAGCCUGAAAGACCACUUCGUGAGAGCCUUCGGUGAUCCUCAGGGCUUCAAAUACAGGCGAGCCCAGGAUAAUUUUGCAUGCUCACUUGCGGCCUAUUCAAUCAUUGGUUACAUUUUACAAAUCAAGGACAGACACAACGGGAAUAUCAUGAUCGAUAACGAAGGUCAUGUGGUGCAUAUCGACUUUGGUUUCAUGCUCUCGAACUCACCCGGUUCGGUGGGCUUCGAAGCUGCUCCAUUCAAGCUGACUUACGAAUACAUUGAGCUGCUUGGCGGCAUAGAAGGCGAACCUUUCAAAAAAUUCGUUCGUUUAUUGAAAGACGCUUUUAUGGCCUUGAGAAGGCACUCAGAGCAGCUCAUCUCCAUGUGUGAAGUUAUGCAGAAAGACAAUUUGCAACCUUGCUUCAACGCUGGCGAAAAUACAAGCGUUCAGCUCAAGCAGAGGUUCCAUCUCGAGCUUUCGGAUGCGGAGUGUGAUGAUUUUGUCGAGAACUAUUUGGUCAACAAAUCACUUGGCAGUAUAUACACAAGGCUCUACGACCAAUUCCAGCUCAUAACGCAGGGCAUAUAUAGUUGA